AUGCAUUGUUACAGAGAAAAACAUCUUAAGGACACGUGUGUUGAAAUCUAUAGCUGUGGCACUGAUAUCGCACUGUGGAUUCGUGGUGGACAGCCAACAGUACAGGAUGGAGUCGUCACUCGAGAUGUCUGUGGUUACGCUGGCAGUUACUGCUGCUAUUACGGGUCUUACCCAAUUAAAGUCAAAGCCUGUCCAGGAAAUUAUUAUGUCUAUGAGUUGAUUAGACCAACUCUGUGCAAUUUAGCAUACUGUGCAGAUGUUGGCAGCGUUAACACCAGCUCUACAUCCGUCAUACCAGCGACCAUCUCAACUGGUAAUGUAACACACUUUCUUUCUGUACUGGACCAUCCAUGGAGAGCCAUAAAUAAUACAGAUCCUUCAGUCAUAAUGUGUGACAGGUCUGUCACCUGGAGCGGCUGGUAUCGUCUCUUCAUUAACAACAUGAGUGCUCAGAUCCCAGACAUAUGUGUUGCACGGAGUAGCUGUGGCACUACUGUCCCACUGUGGAUUCGUGGUGGACACCCAACAGUACAGGAUGGAGUCGUCAAUCGAGAUGUCUGCGGUCACUUUGACAAUUACUGCUGCCAUAUCGGGUCUUUUCCCAUUAAAGUCAAAGCCUGUCCAGGCAAUUAUUAUGUCUAUGAGCUGGUUAGACCAACUGUCUGCUAUUCAGCAUACUGUGCAGCUGUUACUAACAUCAGCAGCACUCAUACAACAGUUACACCAGAGACGAGCUCAGCUGUUAUAAAUAUAACGCUGCCGGAAGAAUGCAAUAGUCAGACCCCUGGAGGAUGUCUUCAAAAUCUUCUUGAGCAGAUCGAGAACAUCACAGCUCAAGUGCUUCCUUUAAAUACUGUGACAAACAUUUUGACUAUGGCCUUCAACGCUUCAGAGAAGAUUGUAGAGUCAUCAUCAUCAGCAAGCCCAGCUGAACUAGCCUCCUAUGGAAACCGUGUGUUAAAAACUAGUGAGAAACUAAUUUCUGCAUUAGUAAAGCCGACAGACACAAGUGACAGUGUCAGUUUUACUCUUGCUGUUGUAGAGGGUCAAGUCUUCAUGGUUGGACCACAGGUCACCUUAAAUAAAAUCCUUCGACUUGACACGACAAAUUCUUCUGUGGACAUUGAUCUCAUUGGGAUAUCCAAGAACAACAUUGAAAGAUCAGCUGCAGUGGCUUUCAUGAGCUACAACAUGAUGGAGAAUCUACUGAAGCCAGACUUCUUCAACACAUCAAACAACACGAUUAAAACCAUGAUGUCCACUGUGAUCUCAGCUACUCUUCCCAAAACCACCAACACUAAACUCACCAAACCAGUCAACUUCACCCUAAAACACAUCAGAGAGUUUGAUCCCAGUGGUUCUCUGUCCUGUGUGUACUGGAAUAUCAGCGAGUGGAUUGUAGAUGGUUGUUCUGUUUUAAAGACCAACAGCAGCUACACUGUGUGUUCCUGUGAUCAUCUGUCCACAUUCGCUCUCAUCAUGCAAACCAGCCACCCACCAGAGAGCGACCCACUGAUGGAGCUGUUGAAUGUGGUGUGUGUGAUUGUGGGGCUGGUGUUCUUCAGUUUGGCCCUGUUGACCUUUGCCCUUUGUCAGUGGAGUCCUGGAGUGAAUAAUGUAGCUCGAAUCAACAUCUGCAUCAGUCUUCUGCUGGCUCACCUUCUGUUCCUGCUCACGCAGCAGUUCCUGAGCUUCAUACGGCGUCAGCAGGUGUUGUGUGCCGUGAUCUCUGGCCUUCUGCACUUCCUCUUUCUCUCCGGCUUUGUGUGGAUGUUCAUUGAAGCAGUGCUGCUCUUCAUCUGUGUGAAGAACCUAUCACAGAUCUUCCUGUGUGUGAUUGGAUAUGUGGUUGCUCUGGUUGUGGUGUGUGUGUCUGUCGGUCUGGUUCCUGAAGGCUAUGGCAGCGAACGCUGCUGGAUUAAAAUAGAUAAAGGCUUCAUCUGGAGUUUUCUGGGUCCUGUUUGUGUCAUACUAGCAUCAAACACGGUUCUCUUCAUCAAGAUUGUCAUCACUCUGAACACAACUCUCAAAAAUCUCAAUGCUGAAGUUUCACAGAUGAAGCAAACCAAGAUUAUGGUGUUUAAAACACUGGGCCAGUUUGUGGUUCUUGGUUGCUCCUGGAUUCUGGGUUUCUUCACUAAUGGCAGUAAGGUGCUGGAGAUCCUCUUCCUGAUCUUGAACUCCCAGCAGGGAACCUUCAUCUUCCUGAUCUACUGUGUCCUCAAUAAUGAGGUCAGGCAGCAGUACAGGAAGUUCUUCAGAUGUUUUUGCUGUGCCAAACAACACUGAGGACCACAG